AUGGCGACCGAGACCGACUUUGCCUUCGACCCGCGAUGGGUGCGCUCGUUGCCGGAUGAGUGGGAGGACACGCUCUGCGAGUACCGCAAUGCGAGCAGCUCGAUGCACCGCAUGAUGGACCGCCGCGAUGAGCGCGACCCGAAAAAGAAGCAGGGAGGCAAGAAGGAGGAUGACUUUCAGCAGCCGAAACUCCCGACAGCGGCUGAGCUGUACGUCGAGAGCUUGCCUGGUAUCCCGAACAUGGCCGCGCACCCUACUCACCCUUUGAACGUCUACGCUGGCGAGAUCCCCUCGUACCCCGGACCAGGCAAGGGUGGCGGUGACGGACAGGUCGGCGUGGACGCAGACAUCUUUUUCCUCAUGGUGCGCGCGCGCCGGCAGGCCGGAAAACAGCGUGUGAUCUUCUGGUUCAACGGCGGGCCGGGAUGCUCCUCCUUCGACGGCGCGCUGAUGGAGGUCGGACCCUUCCGCACCGUGCCGGACAAGGAUACGGUCAGCCGGCUCGUCGAGGUCAAGAUCACCGAGGGAGGAUGGGAGGAGUACGCCACGAUCGUCUUUGUCGACCAGCCGCCUGGCACUGGCUUGUCCUACGUGCCGGCUGGCGGAUAUCUCACGGAACUGACCGAGGCGGGCCAGCACUUCGUCCAGUUCCUCAAGAACCUGUACCAGAUCUUCCCCGACCUCGAGAACCAGGAUUACAUCCCGUACAUCGCUGAUGCGAUCCUGAACGCGGACCUGCCCAAGAUGCACCUGAAGGGUCUGGCUAUCGGAAACGGCUGGGUCGACCCGCUGAACCAGUACCCGGCCUAUGCCGAGUUCGCGUACCAGAAGGGACUCAUCAAGAAGGGCACGCCGGAGGGGAAGGAGCUCGACCUGGCUGUCGGAUCCUGCGUCGAGACGAUGAAGCAGUACGAGGACCCGCUCAAGACGCCAGUGCACAUUGACGGGUGCGAGUCGGUCGUCAUGAGCCGCGUGACGGACCCUGUGGACGGACAAAAGAUGUGCAUGAACAUCUACGACGUGCGCCUGGUGGACACCUGGCCCGAGUGCGGGAUGAACUGGCCUCCCGAUGUGAGCGACGUGCAGUCCUUCCUGCGCCGGCCCGACGUCGUCAAAGCCCUGCACGCGACAAAGCACGAGCAGCCCUACCGCGAGUGCAAUGGGCAGGUGAGCGUGCGCCUGCGCAACCGCAACUCGCCCGCGAGCGUGCACCUCCUCCCGUCCAUUCUCGAGCGCGGCGUCAAGAUCAUGAUGUUUGCGGGCGCCGAGGACCUGAUCUGCAACCACGUCGGUGUCGAGCGCACGAUCGAGAACCUCGUCUGGCUCGGCGAGCGCGGGUGGGGCGCCAACACCACCACGCUUCCGUGGAGUAUGAACGGCACCCAGGUCGGCGAGUGGACCGAGGACAGGAACAUGACAUAUGUCAAGGUCAAUGGCGCCUCGCACAUGGUCGGCUUCGACGUUCCCGCCGUGACGAACGACAUGAUCAUGCGCUUCAUGGGCGUGGACAUCAAGGAGCUCGGCGGCCCGACGGGAGAGGUCGACUCCAAGGUCGGCGACGACGAGCGCCCCGCGCUCCACUACGGCGCGUACCCCGAGACAGUGGGCAUCCCGCUACUCAAGGGCGGCAAGAGUGAUUGGGAGUCAUGGUACAACGCCAUCUCGGCCGUACUCAUCCUCCUGACCCUGUUCGGCAUAGUCGGCGCGUACCUCUACCUCCGCCGUCGGCGGCUGCGUCGCCAACUCGCCGCGCGGGGCGGGCGCGUCUCCAGCUUGGAAGACGAGGAGGAGCGCGUCCCGCUAGCGACGUACGACGGGGAGACGUACCGGGACGAAAACGGGCGCGUGGACAGGAAGGGCAAGGGCAAGGCGCGGGAGAGUUUUGACGAGGAGGUCUCUGAGCAUGUGCUCGCGCACUCGCGGAGGGAGAGCAGGGGGAGCGCGCACAGCAGUAGUCGCAGGGGGAGCGGGAGUGGGAGCCAGACUGUGUUCGCCUUGGGUGAUGAGGAGGAGGACAACAAGUAG